AUGGCUGCCUCCCAUGACCCUCCAUCCCGAACUCUAGACGCUAACCACGCUUACGACGAGGAAUGGAGGCAAGCUACCGAUCAUGACUGGCCCACACAGCUUAUCUCAAGCACUGAACAUGGCCCUUAUAUAGGCCCUCAAGGCCAUGUCAACAGUAGGCUUCAGGCUGAAACCGAUGAAGCUAUUCUCGAGGGCAUCGUUUCAGGAGGCUCAGGUCAAUCUUCUCCACAAGCCUCCCAACAAGCCUCUCAGCAAGCACCGAUAAAGGUGCUCACUCGACCAGCCUCCUCAGGUAAAGACCCCGCUGCUGGCUUCUCCUUCACCAAAGCCAAGCCAAUUCAACAACUCGACUUCCGAAGACCGAAGCAAACCCCCGUUAUCCUCACUGAGACACGCUCCCAUCAGUCGCCACCCCUACCAGACACCACUCAAGCUGCUCAAAAUGCUGUCAAUGUCGAAGCUCACCGAGGCCUCUCAUCUACGCAUGAUCAUACUUCAGUGCUCCAAGAUCUCUUUUCAGUGCCUUUUCCAAACGCAAUGCCCGCUACCACAGCUCUCGCGUCCGGUCAUAAUCUAGCCGGAACCAACAAUAUACCAGUGCUCCAGGAUCCUUUUCCAGUGCCUUUUCCAAACGCAACACCCACUACAAUAGCCCUCGCUUCCGAUCACAGUCCCGCCGAAACCGUGAAGGUCGUUCAUCAACCACCAUUGAACAUGCACAACCGUUCAGCCAAGACCACUAAGGAUCCUUUGACCUCAGUGGCUGGUACUCCCAAGGUCACCAAAUCCCGCCGGAGAAAGACCACGACAGGCCCAGCUACGGUUGGUCCUCCGCCGCCCAAGAAAACUUAUACAGAGGAUGAUCUUCUAAAGCUACUCAUGUAUCGUCGAAGGCAAGGGCAGCAAGAGCUCGAAGAUUUCAGGGCUACACAACACCAGAAUUGGGCUGAAAUCCAAGAAUUACGAGACAUGAGCACUAAUCUCUCUGGUCAGUUACAGGAGGUCGUACAACGUGAGACUCGGAAGACUGCCGAAUUGUCAAGACUUAAGGCCAACAAGCCGAUCUGGGAAAGCAAGAUUAAGCGGCUGAAUGACUAUGUCAAAGGCCUCACAAAUGAUCACAAGCGGCUUCGAGAGGAUGCGGAUGACUUGCACAAAAAGCAUGAGGAUGUCUUCUUCGCCAGAAAGGAACUACACGAUACGCUGGAGGAUGCCCAGAAGUCAGCAGAGCAGGAGCGCAUCAGAUCCCAACAACUUGGGGACGAGGCCCGUCAUAGAAUCGAGAAUCUUGCCCAGACUGUACAACAUCAAAGUACCCAGCUUCGAGGCGAAAAAAGUUUGCUUAUGGCCGAACGAGAGAGAAGCACCCGACUGGAAGACCAGAUUUCCAAGAUCACUGCCAGUCAUGGGCGAUUAUUGGAAAUCUUCACCAGCCAUCGCGAUACUAUCACCAGCAAAAUCGACGAUCUGUUGCACCAGGCCCAGUCUAUCGUCCCACCCAACAAAGAUUCAGAGUCAGAGUCUCAUGGCCAGGUUGGGCCAAUGCUAGAGCAAUGCUUCAGAAUCUUGCAAAAGCUUCAUAAUGCGGAUACUGUCAAGCCAGAAGACCUCCGAAAGCUCAAUGAUAAUAUGGACAGCUUUGUCGAAGGCAUUGCUCGUUCCGUCGAAGCUUGCGAGGAAAGUUCUAACUCGAUGGAGACAGGACAAAAGCAGCUUGCGCUGGCUGUGCAGGAUCAACUUCGGGCCUUAAGCGGUAACAUCUUUUCUGAACACGCCUUGUCAGAACAAAUCAGCGACCUUCGGGAGGUGAGGGCUACUGUUCGAGAACGGUUACAGGCAACCGAGAGCUCACUUGCGGACGCUCGCCGAGAAGUUAUAGCUCUUCGACUCAAAGACCAAGAGCAGUCGCGAAGGAUUGUGACUUUAGAGACCGUUGCAGCCAGAGGUCACAGCCAACCUACAGAGGCCUCACAAGCUUUACUCCACAUCCAGGAGCUUGACUCUCGAAAUAGAACUCUUCAGAGCGAAAUUGUCAGUUUAAGGAAAGAAGCUGCAGAUCUUUCCAGUCAACUUCAGCAAAGUUCCACAGAUGCUAGAGAAUCGACUGAACUUUUGGCUACUAGCCAAGAACAACUCGAGACUGCGUGCAAAGAAACAACGAAAGUGCGAGAAGAAAAGUUAACGAGCGAGAGCCAAGCUAUGGCUAAGGGGGAGCAAUUGAGAAAAGAGCUAUCAAAGGCAGCGAACAUGCAGAUUGCAAAUAUGCAAAGCGAGCACAUGAACGCUAUCCAGCAGCUGAGAUUGGAGAAGUCCCCGGCCGAAGAGAAGUUGAAGAACGUAACCAGACAAGUCAGUAUGCUGAAAGCGGAGAAAGAGAAAUCAGAAAAGGAGACUGCUCAGUUGCAAGUAUUGCUGAAAGAGGCACGGAGCGAGAAAGAGGCUGUUAUCGGGACAAGGAAGGCUCUCCAGCUUCAUCUGAAGGAAAUCAACGUGCGCACCUCUGAAAAGAAUGACGAAUAUUCGGGCUUGCAGGCCAUGUUGAAUAAGGCGAACGAUCAAGUAAAGGCCAAGGAUCUGGAGAUCAUGGCACUUCAAGUAACGCAGGCUACGAGGCCUAGCUCAUCUAGGAUUGUUGGGCAAAGCCCUUCUAUUCGAGGUACGCAACCGGUUCACAGGAUACAUACUCAGCAUCGAGACUCCCAGCACGCCUCGAUGGGUCAAAGCUCUUCCGUGCGGCCCGCGACUCCCAAAUCCUCUAUGCAUUUCGCGAACCGACCGCCAAUAGUAGAGGACUCACAGCCAUCUGAAAAGUCAGCCUUCGUAAGCCUUGACGAGUUAAUUCUGGAUGACCCUUUUGCCGGCUAUGCUCGAGAAGGGUCUCAAACCAUAGCUGGUGAGGAUAUAUCUCACCUGUUCCCAUCUACUCCUGGAGCCGGUUCCCGUGCCAAAGACCACGAUUACUCCCGGAACUCGGUAUCCCAUACAACGGUAGUAUCUGAGACGCAGCGAAGACAGCAACGAUCGUUCCGCGAAGCUACACCACAUACCGGCUCUGGGACCACGGAUAAGUCUUACUCGCAGCCGCAGGCGCGCACUCAUUCCAAAGCUGGGCGUAAUUACGCGAUGCCCAGAUCUUCAACAGCCGCCUCUCCUACUCAAGUCACCGCUCAUGGUCAUGACACCAAAACUCCAAGCUCGCAUAGAGAAGUGAGCAUCACGCGAGAAUCAACCAAGCCACAGGGCAGCGUUAAAGAUCCUAGACAAGGAAAACGUAGCAUUGUUGCGGCCGGCUUCAACGAUACAAAUUCGCAGGUUCGGCCAAGUAAGGUGCAAAAAGCUGGACCUAAGCAGGCGAAGACCCUUGGACCAAUCAUCGAAGACUCUCAGUCGCCCUUUCUGAAUGGUCGCAGCCGAAAGAUGACAAGGAGAAAAUCAAGCGCUCCGAAAGAUGAUAAGUUUACCCGACGGUUCGCUCAAGCCUAA